UAUGAUGUUUUUGUACCGCUUUUACCAACAGACAGCUAACUGGCUCUUUAUUGAUUGUUUGAUACAGAUUACAGAUUGAUUGAUGAAGAAAUACUUACUAUUACCAGCCCAGAUAAAGUUCUUCAUGUAUUUAUAAUAUGUUGACCCUCGUGCCUCGGUGAGUAAGGUGAGAACUCGGUUCCGUUUUUCACGAAACGAAAGUGAAAGCAGCCUGAAGCCUGGAGCCUGAAGGCAGCCUGUAGUUGUCAGACUGUCGCUGAGUUUGUACAGCACGAUGGAUAAAACCUGACGGUCCGCCGCCGAUCUCCGUGGAGUGGGACAGGAGUCCGUCUCAGAUCAAAACCAUGAAGAACAAACUGCAAAUUUACUUCCAGAGCCUGAAGAAGUCCAACGGAGGAGACUGCCUUGUGGAGGCGGAGGACGGAGCUCCGAGAGCGGACGUUUACUUCAAAUCCGAGGAGGUGAGAGAGCGCGUCCUCGCCAAGCAGAACCAUGAAAUCCUCCUGGAGAAUCAAACGGUCAAGUUACGUCUGAUUUCUGCACCAAGCCCACUGAACAGUGACGACGUCUCAGAUUUAUCGACAGAUUCAAAGACUCAGAAGUCAGAAGUUGAACCUGGAAAUGAAGCUUCUGCAGAGAACCAAGAGGAUGGAAACAAUGAGGUAGAGAAGGUCAAGCAGGAGUCCGUUCAGAGCGUCGCUGUGGUGUUGGACAACGUGUCAGAAAGCACGCCCAGAGAUCUGCUGUCCCUGCUGGUGGAGAACAUCUCGGGUUUGGAAGAGAACUCCUACAGUCUGGAGAUCAUCUGGGAGAGCAGCAGAGCCGUGAUCAUCUUUAGCGAACCUGCAGAUGUGGAGAAGUUUCUCACUGCGAGUCUGAAACUGCAGAGACACGGACUGACCGCUCGACCUCUGGAAGCAGCAGAGAGCGUCCGAGUGGAGAGUCUUCCUCUGACUGUGGUUAAAGACUUGUUGGAACUUUAUUUUGAGAAGAACUGGGCUCUUCCAGACAAUAUCGUCAUGAUCCCGUUUGAACAGGCUGCCAUUGUAACUUUCAACAACGCAAAAGUUGUGGAAAGAAUUUGCAUAAAACAAGACUAUGUGAUGCGGUCCAUCCCUCUCAAGGUGUAUCCGUACUACCAGUCCCUGGGCACCGCCUUGUACGGCAAAGAACGACCAACAUGGAAGAUGCCCGAGCCCUUCACAGAGAGCGUUGAUCACGUCAUCUGGAAAUUCCUCCUAAUGAAGAAACUGUUCGAAAGCAUCAACGAUCAGAUGCAUCAGUACUUCUGCAGUGUGAAUUUGGAAAACCCUGAGGUAAUACUCAGCCCCCUCCCAAGCUUUUUGAGGCAGAAAGGUCUGACCGACAAACAAGUAGGUGAGUGGAAGAGUACCGCACAAGAGGCCUUCCAUCAGCAAAUGUCUCGGUACUCUGCCUUCAAAUGUACAGCGACUGCACGUGCAUGGAAAGCUGCAGAAGAAAAUGUCCGUUUGGUUGUCAAGGAAGACGCCGUCCUGGUUCUGGAUGCACCUAGUGGGAUUUUGACGAUGGCUGGCCGAGCUGACGAUAUAAAACAAAUCAAAUCUCCUGUGGAGAACAUCAUUCUUAAAGCCAUGAGUCAGAUUCAACGGCAGACAGAAGGUGUUUCUGAGGUUAUGACUAUGUCCCCUGCAAUGUUCUACAUCUUGAAUCAGGAGAACUUCCAGAAAGCUGCCCAGGACAUUUCCCCUGACUUGAAAGUCUCGUUCAAUGAAGGCGCCCACAAGUUAACCAUUGCAGGACUCCCUGCAGAGGUUUUCCAGACUAAGUCAUGGAUCUUAGAGAGGAAUAUGGGUAAGAUUAAAAAGCAGCUAAAUGUCCAGCCAAGUAUUUUAGACUUUCUCAUGACAGUGGAUUCCAUGGACAUGUCACAGGACCUGUUCACAUCCCAAGGCAUCAGUGCCAUCUUCAGCAUUGAGAGUAAAGGGGUUGUCCUGUUAGGGAAUUCUGAGAGCAUCCUUGCUGCUGCAGAGAAUAAGAUGAAGGCGGUUUUUGGCCUGGUGACUCUGGAUGUGGAAGACCAAGAAGUUCUGAAGCUUCACAACUGGGUGCAUCUAAACCAACAGCUGUUGGACACCUACAACUCCUUAAAGAAGAAAACAGUGGCCAUUCAGAUCCACCCACAGAGAAGAGACAAAAUAAUAGUGACUGGCUUCCAGAAUCCAGUGAAAGAGGUCAGCAACAGUCUGAAGGAAUUCAUUGUUAACUAUUCACAAGUUCAAGAAAACAUUCGUGUCGAGUCCUGCGCUGUUGUUAAGUUCAUUGACAAGAAAAAAUCACAAGAUUGGUCCAGUAUUGCCAAAGAUAAUGAUGUAAGAGUCCAUUUUGAUUCACAGAGGCCAAAAAUAAUCCUUGCCGGGGCUCGUCUUCAUGUCCAGAAAGCCAAAUUCUGCUUUCAGGAACUGACUAGUGCUCUCUCCACUGCCGACUUUGUCGUGGAUAAGCCUGGAGCCAAGAAGUUCUUCCAGACUCAAGGAAGCCUGCUCCUGUCUUCAAUAAUGACAGAGUGUAGCUGUGUGGUGGUGCUUCGUCCAGAGAAUCAAGAGGAAGAAGAGGAAGAGAACUAUGAGAAAGAGAAUGGCCUCUGUUAUUGCAAAGUGAAGACUGCGGGUGGUGUUCUCGUUUCGGUCAGCAGGGCAGACAUCUGUAGCUUCAGUGUAGACGUGGUGGUCAACGCUGCUAAUGAGGAUUUACACCAUAUUGGUGGCCUGGCUCAGGCACUCCUGAAGGCUGCAGGACCAGAGCUGCAGAAAAUCAGCAAUGAUCACGUUACUAAAAAUGGAAAACUACGCCCAGGCGACGCCAUCGUAACAGGUGCAUGCAACCUGCCUUGCAAGUACGUCGUACAUGCAGUCGGUCCACGGUUCUCUGACUACACCAGGGAGAAAUCAGUGUCGCAUUUGAAGCUUGCUGUUAAAAAUAGUCUGACACAAGCUGAGGCAGUGAACUGCUCCACCAUUGCACUGCCAGCGAUCAGCUCAGGAGUGUUUGGUUUUCCUGUUGACCUCUGUGCUGAGACCAUAGCUCAGGCAGUGCGGGAGUACUGUGACAGUCCAGGAGGUCCACGAUCAUUGACGGAGAUUCACCUGGUGGACAACAAUGAUACAACUGUGAGAGUCCUGGCCACAGCUGUCGACGGAGAAUUCAAGGACCUCGGACCUACUAUGACAUUACCACAGCCGACAGAAGGAAGAGGCACUGGGGCUUCAGGCGGAUAUCAGUGGGGUCUAGGUCAGGGCCAGUCUCCCACGACCCGUCAGUUUGGUGAAAGAGGAGAAAGACGAGAAGGAGUUACUGGGGGGACAGGAGCUGGAUUUCGGGGAGGUCUGCAAGGUGACAGGGGAGGGCAGAGUCCCAGGGGACACGCCAGGCCUGGAGGGCCAGGAGAGUCGGGGAGGAUGAAGCAGACCACAGCUGAAGGUCUGAACAUUGUUCUUGUGAGGGGAAACAUUCAGGAUCAGACUACUGAUGUCAUCAUCAACACCAUCUCCGAGGACAUGACCCUGAACCAGGGAGCCGUGUCCAAAGCCAUCCUGCAGGCGGCCGGGCCCGGCCUGCAGGCAGCUGUUCGGUCUGAAGCCGGGGCCACGCUGACAUUCUGCAACGUUGUCAUCACCAAAGGCUUCAACCUCAAGUGUCUUAAAGUCUUUCAUGCUAUUUGCCCUGUUUGGGACAACGGAGCCGGGCAGGCAGAGAAGGAGUUGAUAUCCAUCAUCAGAUAUUGUCUGGAGGAGGCUGAGAAGAAUCGGAUGACGUCGCUGUCCAUCCCGGCCAUCGGCACGGGAAACCUGAGCUUCCCCAGAGACGUGGUGUCCAAAGUCCUGCUGCAGGAGAUCCACUCGUUCAGCCGCAGACAAACUCCACGCCAUCUGAGAGAGGUGGCCAUCGUCGUUCACCCGAGUGACAACCAAACUGUGGAUUGUUUCACCAGGGAGUUCAAAGGUCAGACUGCUCAGAGAAACAUCCAACGUGAUGCUCAAGAAUUUAAAAAGUCUCCAGUUAGGCAAUCAUUCAGCCAAUCACAGCAGCCCUCAGCCUCCUUUGGUCAGGUGUCGUCCCCCUCCCUCGGUGUGUAUCGGAUGCAGAUGGGUCAGUUCACCCUGGAGGUGUCGUCUGGAGACAUUACCAAGGAGGCCUGUGACGUCAUCAUCAACUCCUCCAAUCAGACCUUUUCCCUUAAAUUCGGAGUUUCCAAGGCGAUCUUAGACAGCGCUGGAUUAACAGUUCAGAUGGAGUGCUCACAGAUCGUGAAUUCUCCGAGUUACCAACCUAGUCUCUUCAUCAUGACGUCGGCCGGCCAGCUGCCCAGCACAAACAUCAUCCACAUCGUGGGCCAAAAUGAUCCUGCGAAUAUUAAGGACAUGGUUUACUCUGUGCUGAAAUUCUGUGAGGACAACAAGCUCGCCUCAGUCGCCUUCCCUGCCCUGGGGACAGGGAAGGGAGGGGCCAAUCCGUCGGCGGUUGCAGACGCCAUGGUGGAAGCGGUGGUGGACUUUGUGAGGAAGAAGCACUCGAUGUUUGUUCGCAGCGUGAAGAUCCUGGUCUUUCAGACGGUCAUGAUGACGGACUUCCACAAGAGCAUGAAGAGGAGAGAGGGGGAGGAGGUGGAGGAGAAGAGCACCUUCGCCAAGUUUAAAGACACCAUCACUUCGUUUUUUAUGGGACAUGGGGAGGAGCGACCCGCCACCGAUGACCUGGUUCUGCAGAGAGAGGAGUUUGAGCCCACGGUGUUCCAGCUGUGUGCCGACAACGACAUGGCUGUGAGUCAUGCUAAGAAAAUGAUCGAGCAGCUGAUUGUGGGCGAGCAAGCGGAGCGCACCAUCACAGACCAGUACAUCAGUCGGCUGUCGCAGGAUGACAUGGACCAGAUGAGGGCCCUGCAGAGGAAACUGACUGUUACCAUCCACCUGGACAGAGGGCAGGAGGACCAGGAGCCCAAAAUCCACCUGGAGGGUUUGACCAGAGACGUUUACAACGCUGAGUCUGAAAUCAGGGACAUCAUCCGCAAGGUGGAGAGAUCGGAGAACAUGAAGAGCAAGGCCUUGAUGCUGAGUGGACUUGUAGAGUGGCAGUUUGAGCACAAACCAGGGAUGAUGGUGCCCUUCGACAUUUACACCAACUUCAACCUGGAGGAGGCUCUGGAGAAUAGGCAGCAGACUGUGAUGAUCAAGAUCAACAACGAAAAGUACCGUGCUGAAGUAAUGUCUCGAAAAGCUGUGUCAGCGAAUGGGCGCAAACAGGUGGAGCUACUUAGAAAAGAGAUUCAAGAAGUGGCCGCUCUGCCAUCACAUUGGGAUGACAUGACAGGCGAACUCCUCAAACUGUUUCCCCUGACUGCAGGAUCCAAGGAAUACAAGGACGUUGUGACGGAACUGACAAAGACCGGUCUCACUGCCAACAUCAUCAGCGUUGAACGAGUCCAGAACACGACACUGUGGCAGAAUUACCAGCUGAUGAAGAAUAAGCUGGAGGUGAAAAACAAACACACAAACAACGAGAGGAAACUCUUCCACGGCACCAAAGCCGAAUCCAUCGACCUCAUCAACACACAUGGCUUCAACCGCAGCUACGCAGGAACCCAUGUAGGUGCGAUGUAUGGUAAUGGUUCUUACUUUGCUGUGGACCCGGUCUACUCUUCACAAGGCUACGCUACCCCUGACGCCGUGGGCCAGAAGCGCAUGUACCUGGCCCUGGUCCUGGUGGGAGACUUCACCCAAGGAAAACGUGGCUUGAUCUCCCCGCCCUCCAAGAGCGCCAGCAAUGCUGCGGACCUGUACGACAGUGUUGCAGAUCAAAUGAUCAAUCCGGCCAUGUUCGUAGUCUUCAAUGACAUCCAGGCAUACCCAGAAUACCUGAUCACAUUUACAUGAUUGAUGCGGUCACUUUGUGCCACAGUUCUGAUAAAAACAUACCUCUAUUAUUUGUAUUCUUUUGAAAAUUAACAGUCUGCAAAAACUUUUAAAUAUCUUUAUAAUAUUUAACAUUACAUCUGAAGGGGCAAUUUCUAUUUCCUUGAUUUGGUUUCCAAAUACUAUAUAACUAUAUAACAUUUAGCAAAACAGAGUUAGCAAAAAAAAAGAAGAAUAUUUUAAAACUGUCAUUUCUUCAUCUGACAUUUGUCACAUGUCGUCUAAAAUUCUGUUUAUUAAAAUAAAUACUGCAUCAAUUUGGGGAAA